AUGGAGAUGAGGGAGCAAUCUAUGAGCUUCCAACCUUUCUUGUCCCUAUCUUGGUAUGACGCAAAUGAGGAUGCUCCCUUAAGAUCCUAUAAGAUAGGCAACGAUGAUAAUCUUCCAUUCUCUAAGAAAUCAGGUCGGCCUACAUCCCACCCAGUAGUAGCUGCUUCUUCUGCACAUGAAGAUGCUUUUGUAGGCAUUAAUAUCGGUACAGAACUUUCUGACAUGCCAAGUCCAACUCAGGUGGUGGCCCUUCUCAAGGCUCAGCAGAUCCACCAUGUCAGGCUUUAUGAUACCAAUAGAGAUAUGCUUCUGGCACUUGCUAAUACUGGAAUACGUGUUACUGUAUCUGUGCCUAAUGAUCAGCUACUAGGCAUUGGGCAGUCAAACGCCACUGCAGCCAAUUGGGUUUCUCGCAACAUUCUUACACAUGUCCCAGCCACCAACAUCACAUCCAUAGCUGUUGGGUCCGAAGUUCUUACGACCCUUCCAAAUGCUGCUUCUAUUCUUGUUUCUGCAAUUGAAUUCAUUCACUCUGCCCUCGUGGCUUCAGGCCUUGAUUCCCAAAUCAAAGUUUCCACCCCACAUUCUUCUUCAAUUAUCCAAUUCUCAUUUCCACCCUCCCAUGCUUUCUUCAACCGAUCGUGGGUCCCCGUCAUGGUCCCCUUGCUCAAAUUCUUGCAGACUACAGGGUCAUUUUUUAUGCUUAAUGUUUAUCCAUACUACAAUUACAUACAAUCCAAUGGUAAAAUUGCACUGGAUUAUGCUCUAUUUCGUCCGCUUCCUCCUAACAAGGAAGCUGUCGAUACAAACACACUUCUGCACUAUACGAACGUCUUUGACGCAAUUGUAGAUGCAGAAUAUUUCUCUCUAUCUUCACUAAACUUCACUAAUAUUCCUGUGGUUGUUACCGAAUCUGGCUGGCCCUCCAAGGGCGACUCUUCUGAUCCAGAUGCCACUCUUGACAAUGCUAACACUUACAACAGUAACCUUAUUAGGCAUGUUCUAAACACAACGGGGACUCCUAAACAUCCUGGGAUUGCAAUUAAUACAUACAUUUAUGAACUUUACAAUGAAGAUCUUAGGUCUGGUCCUAUUUCAGAAAAGAAUUGGGGACUUUUUGAUGCAAAUGGGGUGCCUGUUUACAGCCUACACUUAACAGGUUCUGGGACUGUGUUAUCUAAUGAUACUACAAAUCAGACUUUUUGUGUUGCAAAGGAAGGUGCUGAUCGCAAGCUGGUACAAGCAGCAUUAGAUUGGGCUUGUGGACCAGGGAAAGUGGAUUGCUCCCCUUUGUUGCGGGGGAACCCAUGCUAUGAACCAGAUACUGUGGUUGCACAUGCAUCGUAUGCUUUUGAUGCUUACUAUCGCCGGAUGGCAAUGGCUGAUGGAACCUGUAACUUCAAUGGUGUGGCCACCGUCACCACCAAAGAUCCAAGUCACCGUCCUUGCAUUUUCCCAGGAAGUCAUGGGAGAAAUGUCGAUUUCAUAAACGGAACUCUUCUUGCUCCUUCUUCAAAUUCUACGGCAACAAAGAUGGCAGUAGCUGGUAGCCGUAGUUUUUGCAUGAAACUAUAG